UUCUCCUCUCACUCUCUCUCCGCUCGCCGACUCCAACUGAGUACCACCCUAAAGCCCCAUCGAACUUCCUCUGAUCAGAUCCAACCCAGCUUUACCUCCACAAUUGAGUUUCGUCAUCCCCAAGCUAACUAUAACUGGGAUUUUAAUUUGAAGUAUCGCUUGGGUUUCCUCACUGGUUUUUUCCAGUGCUUGGAGAUACGAACAUUGAAUUUCGAUGGCUAGAAAGCACAGUAGUAGUCAAUCAAGUGAUGACGACGCGAGAAAUGAGAAAGAUAGACACCAUCAUCGUAGUAGUAGUAGAAGGGAUUCGAGGUCGUAUGAUCGUCGUGGUCGUGGAGAUGAAAGUGAUUCCUCGGAUUCUGAUAGGGGGAAUAGGAGGAAACGACAUGAGGGACGGGAAAGCCGUCAUAGUGAUGACAAGGAUAAGGAAAGGGAAACCGAUGCUAGGGAUAGAGGCAGGUGGAGAGCAAGUGGUCAGGAAGACAGGAGGCCAUCUCAGAGAAGUUACGAUGAAGAUGACGAGAAGGUGGAGAAAGAAAGGGGCCUGCGAGAAAGAGAAAGAGCCCGUCAGCAGGAUAAUGGGCACAAAAAGCGAGAGAGUGAGGAGGAUGAUAUGGUGAGAGAAUCUCAUCAAAGUUCUGAAGAAGAUGAUCAGAAAAUUAAGAGAGAUCGGAGGGAAAAGGAGAAGACUCGUCGAUAUGACAAUGACGGUAGAACUCAAGAAACUGAGUAUGGUUAUAGAAACAGGGAUAGGCAUUCGCGCCACUAUUUGGAGGACGAAGAUGAUAGGGAGGAGCAAAGAACAGAUCGGAAAAGGGACAGGAAAGGGGACAACAAGCAGAGGAGGCAUAGAAGGGAAGAUGAAAGAGAUUUGAGAAAUCACAGAGAUAAGGAUGAGAAAGAACAACGUGAAGAUAGUCAGAGUUUGAGGCAGAGAAGUGACGGAAAUGGGAAGCUGCUUGAAAAUUCAAAACCUGAAGGACAGUCAACAGUAGAAAACAAUUUGAGCGCUGAUGCGUCAAAUUUGGGUAAGAGUGGAGGGGUUUACGUUCCCCCAUUUAAGUUGGCUCGGAUGAUGAAAGAGGUCCAAGACAAAAGCAGUGUUGAGUACCAACGUUUAACUUGGGAUGCUCUCCGGAAGAGCAUAAAUGGGCUUGUGAACAAGGUCAACGCUACUAAUAUAAAGAAUAUUAUUCCUGAACUCUUUUCGGAGAAUCUGAUUCGGGGUAGGGGUCUUUUCUGCCGCUCAUGUAUGAAAUCACAAAUGGCAUCUCCUGGAUUUACGGAUGUCUUUGCUGCUUUGGUUGCUGUUGUCAACACAAAAUUUCCGGAGGUUGGCGAGCUUAUAUUGAGAAGGAUUGUCUUGCAGCUCAAAAGAGCAUAUAAGCGUAAUGACAAGCCACAAUUACUCGCUGCUGUUAAAUUUAUAGCACAUUUGGUAAACCAGCAAGUGGCCCACGAGAUUGUUGCUUUAGAAUUGCUUACUGUGCUGCUGGAGAACCCUACCGAUGACAGUGUUGAAGUUGCCGUGGGCUUUGUGACUGAAUGCGGAUCUAUACUGCAGGACCUUUCACCUAAAGGAUUGCAUGGAAUUUUUGAGCGCUUCCGCGGCAUUCUUCACGAAGGAGAAAUAGACAAAAGGGUUCAAUUUUUGAUUGAAGGUUUGUUUGCAAUAAGGAAGGCCAAGUUUCAGGGGUACCCAGCUGUCCGUCCAGAACUAGAUCUUGUAGAGCAAGAAGAUCAGUUGACGCAUGAGAUUUCUCUUCAAGAAGAGAUAGAUCCAGAAAUCACACUUGAUCUAUUCAAACCAGACCCGAAUUACAGUGAGAAUGAGAAGCGUUAUGAAGAAUUGAGGAAAAACAUACUUGGAGAGGAGUCUGAGGACGAAGAAGGUUCUGAUACGUCUUCAGAUGCUGAGGAUGAUGACGAUGAUGAUGACUCUGAGGAAGAGGAAGAUGAGGAGAUGCAAAUAAAGGACGAGACAGAGACAAACCUUGUAAAUCUUCGAAGAACAAUUUAUUUGACAAUCAUGUCCAGUGUAGACUUUGAGGAAGCUGGUCAUAAGCUCCUCAAAAUUAAACUAGAGCCGGGUCAGGAGAUGGAGUUGUGCAUCAUGCUUUUGGAAUGUUGCAGCCAAGAAAGAACCUACCUCAGAUAUUACGGUCUUUUGGGGCAGCGGUUCUGCAUGAUCAACAAAGUACACCAGGAAAAUUUUGAGAAAUGCUUUGUGCAGCAGUACUCUAUGAUUCACCGGCUUGAAACCAAUAAACUACGUAAUGUUGCGAAGUUUUUCGCUCAUUUACUUGGCACAGAUGCUCUGCCUUGGCAUUGUUUAGCUUAUAUACGCUUGACGGAGGAGGAUACUACUUCUUCUUCUCGAAUCUUUAUUAAGAUUCUCUUUCAGGAAUUAUCGGAGCAUCUCGGCCUCCGUUUGUUAAAUGAGCGGCUGAAUGAUCCCUCAAUGCAGGAUUCAUUCGAAUCUAUUUUCCCAAAGGACAAUCCAAAGAACACGCGAUUUGCUAUCAACUUUUUUACAUCUAUUGGGCUUGGUGGCAUCACAGAGAACUUGCGCGAGUACUUGAAAAAUAUGCCGAACCUUAUCAUGCAACAGCAAAAACACGUGUCUGAGUCAGAAUCAGACGAUGAAGCUGGUAGUUCUGGAUCAUCGGAUUCUGAUUCAGCUAGCUCAGAGUCGGAAGAAUCAUCAAGUUCUGAUGAAAGCAAAAGCAAAAAGGAUGAAAAACGCAGGAAACGUAGAAGGAGAUAGAUGUUUUGUUUCCUUUUCAAUUUCUGCCUAGUCAAGAUGUUUUAGCAGCAGAUAUGAAGCAGUUAAAAUCUGUUUUGCUCUUUUAAAGUUGUACCAUAUUGCGUGGAUAUGCUUAGACGUGAUAUUGUCUGUAGUUAUGGUUUUUGUUUCCCAUUAUUACGGAGCAUGAGAAAACCGAUCUUAUUAGAUUGAUUCAGCAUUUUUUUUU